AUGUUUUAUACAAGUAUUCGCUCGCGUAUGUUAACAAAAGACUUUGAUAAACCAUCGUUCAUUGAUUAUAAGCGUUUGAAACAAAUCUAUGGUGAUAAAUUUCAAUGUGCAUGCUCAAGAGUAGCGUCGACAUACGAUCAAUUUAUUAAAAUUGCACCGACAUUUCAUUCGGCUAAAUCUAAAGCUCCUGCAUUGUUUUCUCGUCUUGCUUCCUCCACUCACAGCAGCUUUCAUACGAAUGCUCUUGCUUCGACACUUCAAUGUCUCUACGAUCAGCAAUGCCUCAAUCUUAUUCAACAUUAUACAAACUAUCAAAAAUCAAUAGAUCCACUUUCAACAGAAAAUCUCAGUCAGUUUCCAAACAAUGUAUCAAUACGUGAACGUGUCAAUCACGUAUUUAUUGAACGCUGGUCAACAGACACGGAUUAUCCAUCAUAUUAUGAACGAUGUUUGCCAUCUGUGUGCACUUACAGUAGAAUCGAAAACUUCAAUAUGUUUUAUACAAUUAACAUUAUAUUCGAUCUUCAGGGUGGUUUGUCAAUUGUUUUGAAGUGGAUUUCUUCAAAAUUAGUUCGAAUCGGCUUAAAGAUUUACCAUCAUCGGAAAAAACGCGCAACUUCUAUUCAUCCUGCUAGUUCUGUAGAAAUGUCGCCGAAUGUGACUACCGACAUGAUCAUCCCAAUCAUGUCACACAACAAAAUCGAUCUUUUUCUAAACUAA